AUGACGUGUCCUCGAAGAAUCCUUCCAAAAUGUGAACUUAAUUUUAAAGCAACGGCCCAAACUCCAAUUAACUAUAAGUAUGGCCCACGAGCUGUUGCCAUGGGAGACUUCAACAACGAUACCUCGCUAGAUAUUGUUGUUGCCAAUUAUGCUGCUGACAAUAUAGCUAUAUAUUUUGGACAUGGUAAUGGCACUGUGGCAAGCCCAGUCAUGUUUUCAACGGGUUAUGGCUCUGCUCCGUAUACGAUUGCUGUUGAUGAUUUCGACAACGAUCAUCGACCUGAUGUCGUCGUCGCCAAUUUCGGUACAAAUAGCAUCGGUAUACUCCUCAGAUUCCAAAAUGGGUAUUUUGCAAACAAAACAGUUCUAUCAACUGCAUCAUCUCGUCCUGUUUGGAUCCAUGUAGCAGAUCUUAACAAUGAUGCAGCAUUAGAUAUUAUCACUGCUAAUUACGGUACACACAGUGUUAGCAUAUUUUAUGGAUAUGGGAAUGCAAGCUUUUCAAACCCAAGCACUUACUCUACAGGCUACGAUUCUUUCCCGUUAGCGGUUGUUAGUGGCGAUUUCAACAAUGACAAACAGAUGGAUCUUGCUAUCGCCAAUUAUGGUACCAAUAAUGUUGGUAUCAUGCUUGGAACUAGUAACGGCACUUUCGCAAGGCAAAGCACGCUCUUAACUGGUCUUAAUUCCCAUCCAUACUCGCUUGUCGCUGGUCAUUUAAACGAAGACACUAAUCUAGAUAUUGCCGUCACCACCUAUGGAGAUAACAGUGUUGGUAUACUUCUAGGUCAUGGUAAUGGAACGCUUAUAACCCAGAUGACAUAUUCCCUCGGUGCUGCUUCUCCUUAUUCUAUUGGAAUAGGUGACUUCAACAACGAUAAUAGAAUGGAUUUAGUCGUCACCAAUAAUGGCACUGACAAUAUAGCUCUACUUAUCGGGCAUGGCAACGGUACUUUUGCAAGCCCAAAACUGUAUCCAACUGGAUCUUCUUCAUCAAUCUCCAUUGCUAUAGGUGAUUUAAACAGCGACAAUCGUUCAGACAUUGCCUUCAUUAACAAUGAUACGAGCACCAUAGGCAUCAUGCUUGGCUAUGAUGAAUUUUUUCCAAUUCAAACGACAUAUCAGACUGACGUUGGACCAUACUUUGUAGCCGUUGGUGAUUUUAAUAACGACGCCCAUCUGGACAUCGUCGUCACUAAUGGGAAGGACAACAAUAUAAGUGUAAUUAUCGGAUAUGGCAAUGGCUCUUUUUCAAAUCAAAAGACAUAUUCAACUGGCCGUGGACCAUACUCUGAAGCUGUUUGUGACUUUAACAACGACAACCGACUGGAUAUUGUCGUCGCUAAUUAUUAUGAUAACACCAUAAGUAUUCUUCUUGGACAUGGAAAUGGUUCUUUUGCAAAUCAAAAGACGUAUUCAACUGGCACUUACCCUAGCUCUGUAGCUAUUGGUGAUUUUAACCACGACGCCCAUUGGGAUAUCGUCGUCGCUAAUACGAAUGACAGCACUAUAGGAGUAUUUCUCAAUUAUGAAAAUGGCUCCUUUGCAGAUCAAACGACAUAUUCAACUGGUACAACGCCAGUCUCUGUGGCUGUUGGUGAUUUUAAUAAUGACACUCAACUGGAUAUCGUCAUCGCCAAUCUUGAUGACAACACUGUAAGUGUACUUCUCGGAUAUGGAAAUGGCUCUUUUGCCGAUGAAACGGCAUAUUCAACUGGCUCUGCCCCAAUAGCUGUAGCUGUUGGUGAUUUUAAUAAUGACAGCCAACUGGAUAUUGUCGUUGCUAAUCGGAAUGGCAAAACUGUAAGUUUUCUUCUCGGAUAUGGAAAUGGUUCUUUUGCAAAUCAAGCGACAUAUGCAAUUGGCUCUGUCCCAUGGUCUGUAGCUGUUGGUGAUUUUAAUAACGACACCCAACUGGAUAUCGUCGUUGCUAAUUUUGGUGGCAACACUGUAAGUGUACUUCUAGGAUAUAGCAACGGCUCUUUUGCAAAUCAAACGACAUAUUCAACUGGCUCUGACCCAAUUGCUGUAGCUGUUGGUGACUUUAACAACGACACUCGACCGGAUCUUGUCGUCGCUAAUUUUAAUGACAACACUGUAGGUGUACUACUUCGGUAUGACAGGGGAGCUCUGAAAGACAAAAUCACAUUUGCACCUACCGAUGGUUCUCAUUUGCGAAACUUUGCCCUUUUUGAUUUCAAUAACGAUAGCCUAUUGGAUAUCGUUGUUGUCAAUUAUGGUACUAAUAACAUAGGUGUCCUUCUUGGAUAUGGGAAUGGCACUUUUGGAAAUCAAAUGGUGCUCUCAACAGGCUUAAAUUCUCAUCCUUACUCCAUCACUAUCCAUGAUUUCAAUAGAGACGGUCAAGCAGAUAUAGCCGUGGCCAAUUAUGAUACUAAUAAUCUUGUUACGUUUCUUGGAAGUGGAAAUGGAACAUUUGAAAAUCACGGACGUUACGGUGUAGAUUUCGAUUUCGCUCCAUUGAUUAUUGGUGCCAAUAGUUUUAACAAAGAUGGGCGUUCAGAAAUUUUCGUUGCAUAUGAUGGCAUCGAUUAUGUAGAUGUGCUGGUUACAUACGAUAUUGGAUCUUUCAGUCAUGACAAUAAAUAUUCAACUAGCGGCUGGCCUCGAUCUGUAGCUCUUGACGAUUUUAAUAACGACAUCCAACUGGAUAUCGUCAUCGCUAAUCAGUACGACAACACUGUAAGUAUCCUUCUCGGAUAUGGAAAUGGUUCUUUCACUAAUCAAACGAAAUACUCAACUGGUUCUAACCCAUUCUCUGUAGCCGUUGGCGAUUUUAAUAACGAUACCCAUAUGGAUAUCGUGGUCGCUAAUCUUCAUGACAAUACUGUAAGUGUCCUUCUCGGAUAUGGCAAUGGCUCUUUUGCAAAUCAAACGACAUAUUCAACUGGCUCUGGCCCAAAGUCUGUAGCUAUUGGUGAUUUUAACAACGACACCCGACCGGAUAUCGUCGUUGCUAAUUGGGGUGACAACACUGUAAGCAUCCUUCUCGGAUAUGGAAAUGGUUCUUUCACUAAUCAAACGACAUACUCAACUGGCUCUGCCCCAAGGUCUGUAGCUGUUGGCGAUUUUAACAACGACGCUCUGUUGGAUAUCGUUGUCACCAAUGGAGGUGGCAAUACAGUAAGUAUCCUUCUUGGAUAUGGCAAUGGCUCUUUUGCAAGUCAAACAACAUAUUCAACUGGCUCUUACCCAACUGCUGUAGCUGUUGGCGAUUUUAACAACGACACUCUGUUGGAUAUCGUUGUCACCAAUGGAGGUGGCAAUACAGUAAGUGUCCUUCUUGGAUAUGGCAACGGCUCUUUUGCAAAUCAAACGACAUAUUCAACUGGCUCUGGCCCACCCUCUAUAGCUGUUGGUGAUUUUAACAGCGACAACCGAUUGGAUAUCGUCGUCACUAAUUGGAAUGACAACACUAUGAGUGUCCUUCUUGGAUAUGGCAAUGGUGUUUUUACAAAUCAAAUGAUCUAUUCAACUGGCACUAGCCCUUCAUCUCUAGCUGUUGGCGAUUUUAAUAAUGACACCCGAUUGGAUAUCGUCGUCACUAAUCUGAAUGGGCCCACUGCUAGUGUAUAUCUCGGAUAUCCGAAUGAAGGUUUUCUUAAUCCAAUGAGACUCAUAACUGGGAACGGAUCUCGGCAUAAGUCAUUCGCCAUUGGAGAUUUUAACAAUGACAGUCAAAUGGAUAUAGCAGUGGCGAAUUCAGGCAAUAACAAUAUUGGUGUUUUUCUGAGAUACGACAAUGGUUCUUUCAGAAAUCAAAUAGCAUAUGCAACUGAUUCCUCUCCAUGGUCGGUUGCUGUUGGUGAUUUCAACAACGAUUCCAUACUUGAUAUUGUCGUCGCGAAUCUUGGCAGUGACACUGUUGGUAUCUUUCUCGGACAGGAUCGAAUAAAAGGAGAAUAUAGUAUAAGUGUCGGUAAUAAUAUUUGGCUUCGUUCAUCUAGUACUGCUUUAUAUGUUGAUGAUCGAUGGUAUUCAUCAAAUGAUAGUUCUCUUCUUCUUAUCGAUGCUCUUGUUUUCCAAGGUGAUGAUCCAGAUUUUGGUAAUUGGAAUGAAACUCAAUUAAUUUAUAAAUUAAAUCAUGGUGGAACAGUUACGAAUGUAUCUGCACAUAUUCGUCAAUGGAAUUCUAUUUCAUCAAUAACAUUUCGUUUGAAUAUUGGUACAAAAGAUUUAACAAAUAAUAUUAAUCUUAGUAUAGAUCAAGUUCGUACUGUAUUUCCAUCAUUUAAAAUUGAACAAAUUGAUACAAAUGAUUAUCGAGGAUAUUUUACAUUUGAAGGUGUUAUGAUGGGUUAUGAUGAAAUGCAUGCAGGUAUGGAAGCUGGACCAGUAGUACUUUUUAAUUUAACUCAACAUGGACAAAAUGAUGUUAUUAUUCUUUCACCAUUUGCUCAAUUUAUGGCAACAUCACUAAGUCAACAAGAUAAUAUAUUACAAUAUGGAGUUAUGGGUUCAAUAAAAACUAUUCCAGCUAAUUAUAAUCAUACAAUGAUUCUUUUUUAUUCAUCUAAUGGUACUAAUGAUGCUUUACGUCAAUAUGGUAACAUAAUGCAACGAGUAUAUAAUCGAGAUAAACAAUAUCGUCUUAAUGACAUAACUAUAAAUUAUCUUGGUUAUUAUACAGAUGGUGGUGCUUAUUAUUAUUAUAAUACAGAAUCAGGUUUAAAUUAUGAAGAAACAGUAUUAUCUGUUCAUAAAAAAAUAACACUUCCAUUUCAUUAUAUUCAAUUAGAUUCAUGGUGGUAUUAUAAAGGAUUAAAAGAUGGUGUAAGUCAAUGGAAAUCUCGACCUGAUAUUUUUCCUGAUGGUCUUCCAUCAGUAUAUCAUCAGAUGGAUAAUAUACCAUUGGCAGCACAUAAUCGUUAUUGGGCAUUAGAUACAGUUUAUUCAGAUAAAUAUAAUUUUGCUUUUGAUAAUAUCAAUGAAAUGACUUUACCAAUAGGAAAUGAUUCAUUUUGGAUUGAUUUAUUAAGUGAUGCAUCACAUAAUUGGGGUCUUAUUAUGUAUGAACAAGAUUGGUUACAUGCUCAAACAUCAAAAUUUAUUCCAUUACGUACAGAUAUCAAUCUUGGAGAACAAUGGUUAAUAUCAAUGGUUAAAGGAGCAGAAAAAGCUGGAAUUACUAUUCAAUAUUGUUCAUCAUAUCCUCGUCAUGCAUUACAAGCACUUGAAAUUCCACGAGUAACACACGCACGAGUAUCAAGUGAUUAUACAUCGCAUAUUGUUCAUAAAGGUAAUCAAUGGAAUAUUGGAAUAGCAAGUAUGUUAGCUGAUGCACUUGGUAUUGCUCCAUUUAAAGAUGUUUUUUGGUCAACAUCAAAUGAACCUGGUUCUUCAUAUAAACCAUCUGCUAUGGAACCACUUCCAGAUAGAGAAAUAGUUCUAGCAACACAUUCAACAGAUCCUGUUGGUCCAGGUGAUGCAAUUAAUUAUACUAAUAUUGAACGUAUUAUGCGAUGUUGUAGAAAAGAUGGUCUUAUUUUAAAACCAGAUCGACCAAUAACAAUGAUCGAUUCAUUAAUUGCUGAUUGGGCUGAAAAUAAUGGAGAUAUACAAGGAGAACUAUUCAACUCAAACAACUAUGUAAGUUUAUUUUGA